ACGAGCCGCUCGCGUGCGGGUUCCCGUAUAAAUAGCGGGUCCGCAGCGCAACCCACGGCCAGAGCCCUCCCUGCUCACACACAGCCGUCUGCCCACAACACCACUCAUAGUGGGGCCGCAAGGCGCGGGCAGAAGCGCUAACUCACCGUGCCUUCACUCCAGCCCUCUCCUCUCCUCUCCUAUCCUCUCCAGCCCUCUCCCCUCCACCGCUCUCCUCUCCCCUACUCCACUGUCCACUCCUCUCCUCCCCUCUCCUCCCCUCUCCACCCCUCUCCACCUCUCUCCAUUCCUCUCCUCUCCUCUCCUCUUCUCUCCUCCUCUCCUCUCCACCUCUCUCCUCCUCUCCAAGAAUAGCGGGGCCGGAGCCGCAACUCUGACAUCAGUCUGAAGAAGGGACUCGACCCGAAACCCUCCAGAGACGCUGCCUAUCCCGCUGAGUGACUCCAGCUUUUUGUGUCUGUCCUCGGUGUAAGCCGGCAUCUGCAUUUCUUUCCUGCACGCCUGGUCUGUGGCCACAGACAGCACAGUCCCAACCUUGCCCUGCCGGCUCGCACCCGUCCCAUCGCAGCGGCGACUGGAGACCACAUUCACACAACCUGCUCGCCGCCCGCUCGGGAAAAUGCCAGCGGAUAUAAUGGAGAAGGCGACCGCUUCACCCGUGCCCGCCACCCCGGCCAACGUCAGCGCCACGCCGGAUAAACCAAAGACUGCUUCUGAAAGCCGCAAGUCAUCCAAACCCAUAAUGGAGAAGAGACGCCGGGCGAGGAUUAAUGAGAGUCUGGGCCAACUCAAGACUCUGAUUCUAGACGCGCUGAAGAAAGAUAGUUCGCGGCAUUCGAAGCUGGAGAAAGCGGACAUCCUUGAAAUGACCGUCAGGCACCUCCGCAACCUGCAGCGCGCACAGAUGACCGCGGCGCUGAGCGCGGAUCCGAGCGUCCUGGGCAAGUACCGGGCGGGUUUCAGCGAGUGCAUCAACGAGGUGACCCGGUUCCUAUCUACCUGCGAGGGUGUGAACGCAGAGGUGCGCACCCGUCUGCUCAGCCACCUGGCCAACUGCAUGUCCCAGAUCAGCGGCCUGAGCUACCCCCCUGCGGCCGCGGGCCACAUGCAGCAGCUGCCGGCAUCAGGGACCUCACUCGGCCCGUGUAAAACGAGCGCGGCAGAGGCGCUGGCGGCCGCCACCAAGCUGUACGGCGGCUUCCAGUUAGUGCCCGCGUCCGACGGACAAUUGGCCUUCCUCAUCCCCAGCGCGGCGCUGGCGGCGAGCGGGCAGCUCACACCAGGACCGAUCAUCCCCCUGUUCGCCAACGGCACUGCGCUGCCGCCCGCCGCCUCUCCGGCCACUCGUCCCCCAGCCCCCGCCCUAGCCCCCGCCGCCGCCGCCGCGCCCGGCUUCUCACUGGCCCUCGCAGCCGCCAGCCCGCUCAGUGCCGGCGGGACCACAGAUUGCUCAGAUACUGUCUGGAGACCCUGGUGACCUGACCUGGCCCGGCCUGGCCCGGCCCGCUCCACCAACGACUGGCAGCCUCGGGAAUAAAGACUCGUUCUACUGAACUGUGUGCCGUUGUAGAAACGUCCGAAGAAGAUGGGCCUCGACCAUUCCUUCUCUCCACAGACGCUGCCUGUCCCGCUGAGUUACUCCAGCAUUUUGUGUCUACCUUCAAUUGUACAAACAUGAACUCUGAUUGUACCCAGAAUGUUAAAGGUCGGCCCGCAUUGGCCCCAGCAGCCCGAAUGUACAUUUUUCUAAAAGUUGAUGAAAUGCCAAAGACAAACUCCUUACUUUGGGAGAUUUAUAUUUCAAAAAUAAAAGGAAAACUGACA